AUGCCGUCCGCCGCGGAUCUCAAAUACUUCAUCCCGUCCGCUGCCACGGCGUCCAUCUUCCUCUAUGCCCAGGGACCAACGAUAACUGCCAUUGUGUGGGAUCUAAUGACGGGCGAUGAGAUUUCGCGUUUCGUUUCGUACGAGACGCUCACAGUCGCCGCUUGGAUGCGGAAUGGGAACGUUGCUUUCGGCAACACACAGGGAAACAUCAUCAUGUUUGAACCUACUACAUCCGAGCAUAUCUCGGCUCGGACGCUAGACCAGAUUGCAGUGACAGCAUUAGCCCCUUCGUCUGACUGCCGGACCUUUGCCAUUGGGCCAUCGCCCAUUGUCACCCUCGCCUGGCACGCGUCCUCCUCGAGGCAGAAAUCAGACAUGCUGGCCGUGCAGACGCACGAUGGCGACCUGCGGGUCUGGAGUGUGGCCAAGUCGUACAGCGCCGAAGAUCCCGCCAAGGUCGUCAGGGUGCUCCGCAGGAACGAGAACUUCCUGGCUGGGCCCAAUUGGAUGGGGUGGUCCAAGAACGGCCGCAUCAUCCAAUACUCGGACUCGGAAACGUUUUCGUGGGACGUGAGAACCAAACAUGUCACAAAGGACUCCAUCCCGACCCUUGAGCAUGUUAAAGGCCUGGCCGUCUAUGGCCCAGGAGCCAGUCUCUUCACCCUUGGACCGAACAACACCGUGCAGCAGUUUGACCUCAACUCCCCAGCCAUCAUGGUGGCAAACGUGCAGCACCCCGCGGGCGUCCUUCCGCCAUCUCCACCCACCUCCGAGGAGACAGGGGGCAGGUCGGUGCACUCUGCCACGACCAUUCAUACCUCGGAAUCCGAGUCGAGCUCUGUCCCCCUCGAGAUGGGCAUCUCUGAAAGCGAUGACGACCACCUAUCUCCUUUCCAGCGGUUAGCAAAGCGCAAUGCCCCCGAAGCCAGGCACGAGGUGUACGAUACAGGCAGCGCGGCCUCUAGCCAGAGCGGCGUGUCAUCCUUGUCAAAGUCUUCGGCCAGCUCUCGUACGCCUGGCAGGCAGGCCAGCUCCCUCAGGUCGCGGGGAAUGACGGAGGGGACAUACAUCUCCGCUGGUUCAUCCAUGAAAACUUCGACAGUCGGCCAGCGCGAGGCGGACAACUACUCCAUGGGAUACACACUCCCUAGCACCAGCGGCCCAUCAUUGGCGUCGUCCCGGUCCAGGCAUCGGCCCUCUCGCCUCAGACACGAAGUACCGAGGAGUCCUGACGAGGCCAACGUGCAGGAUCUGUUCAAAUACACUCGCUCGCGGCUCAGCGACCUCCCGUACAAGCACCCGAUGCCAACGCAACGAUCUCAUCCUACCAAUGACGAUUUGCGCCGACAGAUGCUCAGCACUAUCUUUGGCUGGAACAAGGAAGUAGAAGACCUCAUUCGAGACGAGAUGAGUCGCUAUCCCGCAGGGUCGGCGAACCGAAUCUUGCUAGCCAAGUGGCUGGGCGACAUUGACGCAGACAUCAUGGCCGCGGGUUCCCAGAACAUGACUUCCCAAGACUGGAUGCUGCUGGCACUGAGCGGCAUUGGCGGCCAGGCAUCCCAGCACAAGCUCGGCCGGGUCUAUGUCCAGCGCCUGCUAGAGAAUGGCGAUGUCCAUGUUGCGGUGACGAUUAUGCUUGGGAUGGGCGACUAUAACGAUGCCAUUGAGGUCUACAUCUCGCACAAGCGGUAUAUGGAGGCCCUCAUUCUCACCUGCGUGGCUUUUCCCAGCGUCUGGGAGCGUCAAGCUGCCAUUGUGCGCAAAUGGGGCGAGUGGGCGGUCAAGCAUGGCCAGCAGCAACUGGCAAUUCGUUGCUUUGCCUGUACCGACCAGGAGUCCUCGGAGCCCUGGACCUCUCCAUCGGCUGCCCAGCUCAACUUCCAAAACAUCACCCCGAGCAUCCCCGAGGUGCUGAGCCCUCCGCUGUCGCCCCCGGGCAUCCAGAGGGGCCCCCAGCGCAGCGUCGCCAAGGCAUCGGCACUGAAGCUGAUUACGUCCUUUGGAGAUCCCACCCAAAAGGCCAAGUUCUACUCGCAGGCUGACGGCGGCCAGACACCGAUUGCAGCUGGAGUGACGCCCAUUGCCGAGUCGGCCAUCUCUCCGGGAGGCGCCUAUGAUCCCGCGACUGCGUUCCUCCGGCCGUCGGGCAACAGCAGGUUCAACACGCCAACGUCAGCCCGCCCUAUCGGUCAGGGCUUCAGCCGCGGACGGUUGCCCUCCAUCGGGGAAGCCAACAAGCCCCUGGAUAACAUUGCAAGCAUCGUGGACGCACCCCAGAAACGGCCGAGCCAUUCUCGCAAGUCGUCCGCCCCUCAAGAUAACAUGGCGACCGGGCUCGCCAUGCAGCGCGCUGCUACGGCCAGCCCAAUGAUGAUGAGGGACCAGUACCAGCGCGCCGUGCAAGGGUACGGAGGAGAGCGACCGCCGUCUCCCGACCAUAACAUCAUGAGCAGGCUGCAAGAAGUCCAUUCGGCACAGCGAAACGGCUCCCGUGACCGGAUUCCUGCUCACCUCAGCCUGCAGCUGCAGACGAUGCAGCCGCCAUCAAUGGAUGCAAUGUCUCCUGAGCAAUCUGGCGCCUCAUCCGCUCGCUUCCACUGGCCGUCUCGUCGCCGCGGUACUGGCCCUAGUUCCGCAUCAGUGGCAGGUUCCAUGACAUCCACCUCCAGCGCUGGUCGGAGUCACAAAUCGAACGCUCGACAAAGGGAUGAUUACAUCCAUAGCCUGGAAGCGGCUCAGCACUAUUCCAGGAGAGCUGGAAGUCGGACCGGAAGCAAGGAACGGACACGAGACGCGUCCACCGGCCGCCACGCCAGCCGAGAGCGACGAACCAAGUCGCGCGACCCUUCGGAAGACCGCGGUAGGGCUUCAGCCAGAUCCUGGACAAGGCCAAAGCGAUCGCCCACAUCCCCAGUUCCAAUGUCCCCCGAAGACUUGGCCAUGCUGAGCAACCGGACAUUCGACAACUCCGUGGAACCCCUCACGAUUCGAAAGGCGAGCGUGGCGAAAGGCAAGACCAGCGGGCGGACAUCCAGCCGCGGAAGGGGUGGAUCAGUACCGCGGUCACCGCCGUCCCCGGUGCCGCUGUCGGCAACAGCCCUGCAUUAUCAGGGAUCGGAGGACGAGGAGGACUUUAGAGCAGCCAUGCGGGCGCAGGAAGAGUUCAGGGCCAAGCACAGCCGCAGCGUCGGCCACAACGUCAAUUCUCCCGCCGUAAGCCGGCGUGAGCAUUCGGAAAGCCGACGAAAGGAAGCGACUGAGACUCGAGAGGCUGCACCCGUGGUCUUGAGCCAGACAGUAUAUGGACGAGCCGCUUCCACCGAGCACGCCGGCGAUCUGAAGAAGAUGAAGGACGAGAGACAGCGGAAGAAGGAACAGGCUGCGCGAGAGCUAGAAGAGCGUAGGAAGUCUCUGGCCAAGCGACAGCUCGGUCCCCGAAUUCCCCAUCCAAGCCAGAUCUCUCCCGGGAGACCGCCGGUUCUGGUAGAGGCCGACGACGAAAAGCUGCCGGAUGAUCUGCCGCCGCGCUCUGCAACGGAGCCUCCGAGAGCGGCGGAGCCGCCGAGGAGCAUGUAUGCUCAGAACAGGCCGCAGAUUGGCCUGCCUGCCACUCCCAAGGCGAUGAGGCUCAUUAUCCGGUCUGACGAGAAUCAGUACGAGGAUCUCCCUGCUCCGCCGGUGCCGGCGACGUUUUCUCAAAAGUAUUCGCCGCAGAACUCACCCCAGUACUCUCCAAAAUACACGUUGGGCAGUAGUGAGCCGCCGUUGACACUGCUGCCAUCGACUGUCUAUCAGCUGCCGUCCACUGUCUACCAACCGCCGUCUCGCCCCAUGAUUCCGCGAAGCAUGUCGGCACCGAUCCCUGAUGAGCCACCUCACGCAAUUCGAUACGGGAGAAAGUCGAGUGCUAACGAGGGCAGAGGCCUCGACGAUAUUGUAGAGACGGAGUGGCGUCGACAAGUGAACAACCUGGUGCCGCCUCCACCACCACCUCCCCCUUCGGCUCCCCUGACUUUCCUCAAGGAGCUGCAGCAUCUAGCCGUGCCGCCCCCUCCUCCGCCAGCACCGCUGCCACACGUGCGACGCCAGCCGCCCGUGGCUGGAACACUGGCCUCGGGCAUGAUUGAGAUUGUCAUGGACGACGACGAGGCAGAAGAGCCCAUGUCGGCUGCUCCCAACGACGGCAAGGUGCCGGUGCUCGCCCAGCCCGAACCCCCUGUCAAGGGCCACAACCGCGGUCGCAGCCUCGGGGAGGGCAGCCUUUCCGGGCGUAGGACCAAGGCGACGGAGCGCCUCCGCUCGGGCAGCCGCAGCCGCAAAGGAUCCAUCGGCGUCAUGUCGCCCCCUCUCGAGAUGUACGGCGGUGAGGGCAAUGCCAACUCGCUGAACCAGCUCAGGUCGCCCGUGGCGGGCAAUCCUCCGCCUGUGCUGUAUGACCGGGACGCCAUUCGAUCGCCCAUUGAGGGGCAUGGCCGCAAGAUGUCGAUGGGGCUGCACGAGAACGGCAUGUUUUAG